GUAACUUUAAUGUCAUUCCACUAUCCACGCCGUGUUAAAGAUCUGCCUAAGUUAGAACUAGAUUCGGAAGAUGAAUUUAAUACACCACUUAAAACAAGGCAGCCGCCACCACCAAAGGAUAAAUUUUCGAAUUCACAACAAAGCACGGCAAGAUCAAACAAAGAAAAUGAAAAUAAUGCCAACAGUUGUUCCACAUUUUCAUUUAAUAACUUGCGUAUGGUUCCAAAAAGACGUGCAGAGUUACCUGCGCUGGAAUCGGAUUCCGAAGACGAGUCUGCUAAAGAUGAUAACUUAAACUGUGCCAUUCUCAAUGAUUCAUUUGUACUUACUCCGGGUAAAAGCUAUGGCGAAGCGGGCUCGAAAGAGAGCUCUGUGGCCAAGGGGAAAUGUAAUGAGACUUCAGAUAUGUCCUUGCUGGCACAUUUCAAUAACAUGGAUUUAAAGAGUCCACCGAAAGAGCAGAAGACUGAUAAACCCGCCCAAGAGAGUAGUAACAAUUCGGCGGCAACAACAGAAUCUCAUGAAGCCCAUAAUGCUCCAGCAUCAACAGUUAAAAAUGCAUCAUCCAUUGAUGCCCAAUUUGCCACACCACAAAUACGUUCUUUUUCAGUGCAAAGGCGGCCGCGUGACCUCUGUUCUACACAAUCGCAAAAGACCAAAUCGGCCAUUGUCAAUGAAUUUCGUUCGCAAAAAGUUUUGUUUCAGACACCAAUGGCUAUAACACGGGCGCCAAUGUCUUGCCUUCCCAAUGAUAGUAUUUCAUUUUCUUUAUGCGACACCAUAAACGAGGGUGGAACACCGUCAACCACAGAAAAGACUCCUAAAUGUCCAGCAGAAAAACCCACCGGACGUUCUAAAAAAUCUCUGGAAGGUGAAUUUAUGGAAGUGACACGUGAACAGCAGGCACAGAAAAUUGAGAAUAACAAGUGUUCGGCCAUUACAACCCGAGACAAAGAAACAAUUGUGCAUAUUAAUAAUUCUGACUAUAUUAUUAUGCAAAAAUUAGGUUGUGGUGGAUCAAGUUCGGUGUAUUUGGCAAAAAGAGCAGACAAUGAUAAAGAAUGUGCCUUGAAGGUGGUUGAUCUGCAAGGGGAUCCUGCCGUUGUGGAGGGCUAUUUAAAUGAAACUAAAUUGUUAGCAAAGCUCCAAGGCAAUGUGUGUGUGGUCUCGCUAUACGAGUAUCAAUUGUUACGCAAGGAAUCUAAACUUUUCCUGGUAAUGGAAAAAGGUGAUUCAGAUUUACAUAAAAUUCUGCAAAGUUAUACCACAAACUUACCUUUAUAUGUGCUCACCAACUUUGUAUAUCAAAUGCUACAGGCUGUUAAUUAUAUACACCAAAAUGGUGUCAUACAUUCCGACCUAAAGCCAGCAAAUUUCCUCAUGGUUAAUGGUCGUUUAAAACUAAUCGAUUUUGGUAUUGCCAGUAAUAUUGCCAUCGAUUCGACAAGUAUUAUUAAAUUUUCUCAAGCGGGCACAUUUAAUUAUAUUAGUCCAGAAGCAUUAACGGACACCUCCACGGGAAGUAGUCCAAUGCGUAGUAAUCAACCGAAAAUAAAGAUUUCCACAAAAUCGGAUGUUUGGUCUCUGGGAUGCAUUUUAUAUUUGCUGUUAUAUAAGAAAACGCCGUUUGGUCAUAUUAAAAAUCUAUGUGCCAAAAUAAGUGCCAUAUGUAGUCCAACGCAAAAUAUUGAAUUUGGUCCAUUGCCACCCUACUAUCCCGCCAUGCUGGUUCAUAUGGCUAAAAACUGCUUGCAACAUAAUCCCAAACAACGCCCGUCAUGUGCCGAUUUACUUAAAUAUCCAUUUAAUAUGAUAAUUCCAAUACAGAAUCUUUCACUGCCACCCAAAUAA